AUGAGUUUAAGACAUCAACGCAUACUAGGAAAAAUAACUCUUAAAGUCAUUUUUCUGGUUCUGUUGUUCAUUUUUGGAAUUCAAUUUACACGAUAUGACAGAAACAAAACAAGUGAAACCCGUCCGCAGAAACAUUUUGAUCAUCAUAUAGUACGGAAGGAUGUAAACUUAACUAAAUCAUCUCAUAAUAUAAGGAAAGAUAUAAAGCUAACCAAAUUAACUAAAUCAAAUAAACAUCGUUUCGGAAAACUAGACAGUAAUGGUAGUUGGAAAAUCAAGUACGACCGGAAUAAGCCGUUGGAUUACAUACCUAGUGUGUCUGAAGCUGUAAAUAAUCACGAAGUACCAUAUAUUACAGAAAAUAUUACGAAAAGGUUCCUGAUAUUACCAAACGUCAAAUAUCAAGAAAAAGUAGCAAUUUUGACACCAAUACGUAACGCAGCACGCGCAUUAAAGCGAUUUGGUGAGCAAGUUGGCAAACUGACAUAUCCCCAUGAAUUGAUGUCGUUGUAUUUCGGAGAGGAUGGAAGUAUAGACAACACAAUUGAAAUAGCAAGUAUUACUGCACAUCAACUUGGAACGCAAAGUCAGUUUUACACGGCUGAUGUUGUAAGGCUUAACAUUUCAGGUGGCCUCCACGGAGGUGUUUAUGUACGGCACAAAGAAGAGGUUCAGCGAACUAGGAGAGCACAUAUGGCUUUGGCAAGAAAUCGUCUACUUCGCUUUGCUCAACAUCAAAACAAAUUUGACCAUAUUCUAUGGAUUGAUAGCGACGUUGCAGAACUUCCGGUUGACCUCGUGCAACAAAUGCUCUUCGCGAAAUCUGAUGUUGUUGCGACAUGUUGCUUGAUAAAAAGUCGUGGAAAAAAGAUGAAAUAUGAUCUGAAUUCUUGGAGAGAGACAAAUGAUUCAAUAAACAGUCAGUCUCAGCUCGAACCAGACGAUCUUGUACUAGAAGGUUAUAGCAAAUCCCUUAGAAUUCGUCUUUCAGAUCUCAAAAGCGAAGGUCGUGUAGUUCCUUUGGACGGGGUAGGUGGUUGUGCACUUAUGGUCAGAGCCGAAUGUCACCGAAGUGGUUUGCAGUUUCCGGAAGUUGUCUACAAACAUCAUAUUGAAACAGAAGGUCUUGCAAAAAUGGCGCGUGACAUGGGAUAUAAUGUUGUAGGUCUUCCAUUUGUAGAAAUUAUACAUGAAUUAUAA